GCCGGCAGUCGUUGUCGAGACGCAUGCGAAAGCAAUACGAGUCGGAUAGCUAAUAGAUAGAUACACUCGUGCAUGGCUGCCUGAAUGGGACAUCCAGCUGUUAAUUGGGAUUUAAUAUCGAACGAUACGUUGAUUACAGACAGCAGCUGACAUGGUCGAUACAAUCGAUGAUCGGGAACGAGAUGCGAUCGUCAGCAUUCUGAAAAGUGAGGUGCACGCGCUGAAGGAGCAGCUGCGCGAAAAGGAGAACGAGCUGAUCAAAUUGCAUCGGGAAAUACACAAGUUGAAGAGUGUGCUGCAGCAAACCACCAACAAUCAUGUGAGCUUGUCCAGCCAGCAUCAACAGCCACCGGAACAGUGUGACGUGGUCAGCAGCAGUCGAGAGCAGGAGCAUGUAUGCAGCGCCUGCGGUCUGGCGAGACCGGUCGCCAGCACAGAGCUCGAACCGCAGGCGCUAAGCCAGGACUCAGCAACAGCAGCAACAACAGGAACACCAACAACAGCAGCGGGAAAUGCAUUACAAACGGAUGUGGCGGCGUCUGUGGAGCUGCGUCCAAAGCCGCUGCUGGCGGCUAUAAAAAAACAGGGUGUAUCCGCUGAAAGCUCUGUGCAGUCCAAACAGCAAUCCUACAGCGCAACCAUACCUAAAUAUGACAAGGAUUUCAGCGCCAAGCAGCAGAUCAAGGAUGCCAUCAUGGAUAAUGAUUUUCUGAAGAAUAUUGAUGCCUCACAGGUGCGCGAACUGGUGGACUCGAUGUACUCGAAGAGCAUUGAUGCGGGCGAGUUUGUCAUUCGUGAGGGUGAGGUGGGCGCUCAUCUAUAUGUAUCCGCGGCGGGUGAAUUUGCUGUCAUGCAGCAGGGCAAAGUGCUGGACAAGAUGGGGCCGGGCAAGGCGUUCGGUGAGCUGGCCAUACUCUACAAUUGCACACGCACCGCCUCCAUACGGGUGGUGAGCGAGGCGGCGCGUGUCUGGGUGCUGGAUCGGCGCGUCUUUCAGCAGAUUAUGAUGCGCACCGGACUGCAGCGCAUUGAGAAUAGCGUGAAUUUCCUGAAGUCGGUGCCGCUUUUGCGUAAUCUCAGCGACCAACUGCUGGCCAAGAUAGCCGAUGUUCUGGAAUUGGAGUUCUAUGCAGCGGGCACUUAUAUCAUACGCCAGGGCACUGCGGGCGACAGCUUCUUUCUCAUCUCGCAGGGCAAUGUUCGGGUUACGCAGAAGUUGACGCCCGCUGCGCUGGAGGAAACAGAGCUGCGCACCUUAAGCCGCGGGGAUUACUUUGGAGAACAGGCGCUCAUCAAUGAGGAUAAGCGUACGGCGAAUAUCAUAGCCCUGGCGCCGGGCGUGGAGUGUCUCAGCUUGGAUAGGGAUUCGUUUAAGCGCCUAAUUGGGGAUCUGUGCGAGCUCAAGGAGAAGGACUACGGAGACGAGGAUCGCAUGCUGGCCAUGAAACAGGCUCAGGCUCAACAUGAGGAGGCAUUUGGUGCGCAGGCGCAACAGGAGUAUCCGGAUCUAAAGCUAACUGACCUGGAGGUGGUCAGCACGCUGGGCAUUGGAGGUUUUGGACGUGUCGAGCUGGUGAAGGCGCAUCAUCAGGGCCGUGAGGAUAUAUUCGCGCUGAAAUGCCUGAAGAAGCGGCACAUUGUGGACACCAAGCAGGAGGAUCACAUCUAUAGCGAGCGCAGUAUUAUGCUCAGCUCCAAUUCCCCCUUCAUCUGUCGUCUCUAUCGCACCUUCCGGGACGAGAAAUAUGUGUAUAUGCUGCUGGAGGCAUGCAUGGGCGGCGAAAUCUGGACCAUGCUGCGCGAUCACGGCUCCUUUGAGGAUAAUGCGGCACAGUUUAUCAUUGGCUGCGUUUUGCAAGCCUUUGAGUAUCUGCACGCACGUGGCAUACUCUAUCGGGAUCUGAAGCCCGAGAAUCUGAUGCUGGAUGAGCGCGGUUAUGUGAAGCUGGUGGAUUUUGGCUUUGCCAAGUAUAUUGGCAAUAGCGCCAAAACGUGGACGUUCUGUGGCACACCGGAGUAUGUGGCGCCGGAAAUCAUACUGAACAAGGGACACGAUCGCGCCGUGGACUAUUGGGCACUGGGCAUACUCAUUCACGAACUGCUCAAUGGCGCUCCACCCUUUACCGCUCCCGAUCCCAUGCAGACGUACAAUCUCAUCCUUAGAGGCAUUGAUAUGAUCACCUUUCCCAAGCACAUCUCACGCUGGGCCGUGCAGCUAAUUAAGCGCUUGUGUCGGGAUGUACCCUCCGAGCGUCUGGGCUAUCAAACUGGCGGCAUACAGGACAUCAAGAAGCACAAAUGGUUUCUGGGCUUCGAUUGGGAUGGCCUUGCCAGUCAGCUGCUGAUACCGCCCUUUGUGCGACCCAUCGCUCAUCCCACGGACGUGCGUUACUUUGAUCGUUUUCCCUGUGAUCCCAGCGAGCCGCCGGAUGAGCUCUCCGGCUGGGAUGCGGACUUUUAGCUUUAUAGUGAACAGAGAUGCGGUUGAUAUUGUGAAAAUACAUGCGACAGGAGGCAGUUGCGACUCCAUAAAGUAUACAGAUUCCGGAUCAGGACAACGAGCUCAGGUUUUUUUUUAGACAUGCCUGUCUGUUCGCCCGUCGUUAACAGCUAGUGUUACGAGAUCUGUGUAGUCCAGUUUUUUUCAGAUAUUUGAUAACUCGCCUUGCAUAUCGAUAAAUGUCGAGUAAAGGUCUAUGUAUUCUGAGCAUAUAUCGGUUGUUAUGAGAGCUAGACUCGCAAAAAUUGGUAUUUAGGCUCUACUAUAAUAAAAACAGAUUAGAAUAUCUUCACUCUUGAUAA